AGAAAAAGAGCACUCCCACCCAAGCUGUUUCCACGGCAACCAUACGGAUUCAAACAUGGCGCCCGGAAAUCAAACUAUCCUCUCGUCCACUCCUCUGCAGAUCCUCUUCUACCUCAACAGCUGGUACUUCGCCGCCUUCUACCUGGCAGAGAUCCUCAUGUUCGUCUACAAAGGCGUCAUGCUGCCGUAUCCGUCAGAUAAUCUGGUUCUGGACCUGGUUCUGCUGCUGCUGUUCCUCGCUCUGGAGAGCCUCCGGAUCUUUUACGGCUGGAAGGGGAACCUCUGUGAACGUUCUCUGGCCUCCUGCGUUUCCGUCUUCAUCCUGUUUCCGUGCGCUGCUCUGGCCGUUUACUACCUGCUGCUGCAGACCUUCGUCCUGCGUCUGGAGUUCAUCCUCAGCUCCGUCCUGCUCGCCUUCUACAGCCUGGAGUUCCUGCUCGGCCUGCUCUCCAUAUCGGCCUUCUCCAGGUCCAGAGUGUACUGAGGAGGAGGAGGAACAGAAACAGGACGGAUCGUGUAAAUAGAAUUCUCUUAAAACAUGUAAAUAUGUCUGAUAUUUUUCUAUCGCAGCUUCUUUUCUUCUUUUUUUUACUGAGAAUGUAUAAAACCUGACAUUAAAGUGUUUUUGUAAAUAAACUUUGUUAAUAAAACA